AUGUCCAAUCCUAAUCGGCGUUCCCAUCGGCAAGCAACACGGGAAGGAAAAUCAAAACAGAAAUCGAUCGAUACUGAUUAUGGAGAAGAGAAUAGUGAGGAGGACGCACUGGAAGAAUUAACGCGCCCCCAGCUCUUGGAAAUCAAUCGCGUCUUCGAUACAAUCAUCUCAGGAAACUCAGUCAAUCAGCAGCCAACGCAUGGAGCCCCAAAAAAUAAAACAAAUAAUACUAAUUCAGAAGAAUUUCAAAACCGGAAGUCGACCUCUCCAGGUGAUCACGGCGGCGGCUUCCUCGUGGAGAAUCAAGAUCAAUUUGAAUCAAGCCAGGGCGGAUUUCUUACCGAAGAAGCGGGGGCCGAUGUUGAAGCUGGUGGAUUUCUUAUCGAUCAAACCAACGCCCAGACUGAAGGUGGUGGAUUUAUCACUGAAGAAACGGGGGUGGAAGUUGAAGGUGGAGGGUUUCUUCGGGAGGAAGCUGGGCCGGAUAGUGAACUUGAUGAGUCGAUUAACCAGAUCAAACCGAAAACAUAUCAGUCGCUCUCACUGCGAAAAGUUUCCAACUAUAUUGGGAUUCGACAGAUUCCAAACGCGCUAAAAAUGUUAAACUUACCUUACCGGAAUCGUGAGAUCUUGGAUAUUUUUGAGAACGCGGCUUCCUCGGAUGAAGACGACCGGUCUGAUGAACAAGUUCGAUCGACUGGAGCGAAACAGAAACUGAUCAGUCGACUGAAAUUCUCGAAAGUCUGUGCCGUCUUGAUGAUCGCGAAUGGGAACGAUGACAACUCAGGGAUUGAGGAAAUGGAUGAGACUGGCGCAGAGAAUCGAAGAAGAGAGCGGGUCGAAGAAGAUGGGGAUUAUAGCAUGGAUCAGGAUUCUUCGGAUCAAGCCUCCUCAGCCUCAGAUUAUCAACCUGCUUGUCCUAAAGAUGGCACUCCGUCUAGUCGAUACCGCACGCGAAGAGGCGCAAAGCAAAGCCUUCGAUCAAAAGGAACCUCCACCGCAUCUGAAUGCGAUGCUCCAGAUCUAGUGCUACCAAAAGCUCGCCCAAAACGUCGACAGGCAAAGGGUAAAAAGCCGAGACGUUUCUCUGAGGCAGAAGAUGAGGAGGAUGAGGGCGAGGUUUCAAUGCAGAGCGCUGCACUUGAAACUUUUGCCUUGUUCCUCCAGCCAACCACCAUGAAUUCUGACGUCAGUAGGCGAACGAUCGGAUUUGAAGAGAUUAGAAGGGCUGCAGACCAACUUGGGGAGACAAUAUCAGAUGAGGAAAUCAAGGAGAUGCUCAACUAUGCCUCUUAUACCAACAAUUAUCGGGUUACCUUCCAGGCAUUUGAGAAAUUGAUGAAGGAGAUCAGGACGGUAUGA